ACCUGUUCAAAGAGGGAGUGCUCAAAUAAACAUUGAGCCAAGGCAGCUGCAAGUCAUCGGCACCGCUGGGCUGCACUGGAACUCCACAGAGGGAACAUAUGCACUUUCCACCUCCUAACUAAAGAACGUUUGCCUCCAUUAACAGAUUAAGACAGAAACCUCUUUCAUCACCUGACGUCCAAUAUGAUUUUGGAAGAAUGGUUUAUGGAGAACAGCGACAAGAUCGAAAAGGGAGUAGAGAUACUAGGCAAAGGCUGUGAGAUCCUUGCAGCCACUGUAGGCAAGUUCAAUCCCAUCCUGGAGGCAGUAUUUAAAGUCGCUGCUGAGCUCCUUAGCAACCCAGAGAGCAAAGAGACUAAUUAUCUAGCUGAGCAGUUUGUGAAGGUCAACCAGAAGCUGGAAAAGAUCCAGAGUGAUAUUAAAAAUAUAGAGCUGGUGAUGCAGCGAUCAUUUGUGAACAUCGAGAACUUCAAAUUCCAAGCAAACAUAAUGAGUCAGUAUGAAUAUUUUCAGUAUAUUUUCACAGCCAAACCUGAGUAUAAGAAGUUGAAGCGAGAUGAGUUCCUCAUCUUCUUUGAGAAAUUUGAGGGAGAAAAGAACCUUGAAUGCUUAUAUAAUGCUAUCAUGAUAGAGAACACCUCUGGACAGACAAUGCUGGACAUUAUAGUGGAAACUGAGCAGCGGAGCAGGAGGGCAGUGGAGGAAUUCUGUGCUAGCCUGAAGAAGCUGUUUGUGGUUGGGAUCAUCUCACUGAUGGGCUACGCUGCACUAAAGAAAGACACUGUUGAUGAGGAAAUGGGAAAGAAAUGGCUUGCCCGCAUGGAGGACGUAGAGAAGCGCAUGAAGGCAGCAGUGGAUGAGUGUGUGAACAACUUUGCUGAGCAAGCCAAGACUGAUAUAGAUGAGAUUCUCCUGGAGAAGCAGAGCAGUGUCGACCCUGAGUUUGCUAAAUUCCUACUGGAGGCUCUUGUGAAGAAGUAUGACUGGGUCUCCUGGUCAGUCCGGGUGUUUAACGAUGAUGAUGGUGGCAAACUUGUGAAGUCUCUGUUUCGGAAGAAGCGCGUUGACAAUUAUUUUGAACAUUUGUGCAGUAAUAAAAUAAGGGUUGUGGUGUCUUUCACUGCAGACCCUAAACCACUCGAUAAGAACCAGAUAAAGGAUCAAAUAGAGAAAGAGAAAGGUGGCAUGGAGUCUGUGGCUGAGUCUCUGAGCAAAAGUUUUCCCAACUGCCUUGUCCAUGCCAUAAAUUGCUCUUUAAAUGUAGAGGAAGCCAAUAAUUUUGAGUCUGAGCACCUUUAUUAUAAUUCUCACAAAAUAGCACACAUCUGUAUCCACUCUGAAUAAUGGAAUUUAGAUUAAACUAAACAUAUUGAUGUUCAAUCAGAAUCUAUUCUCUCCAGGCUUCUAUUAAUUAAAGAGUUCUAAAAUUACAAAUGUAUGAUUGUUAUUAGUAAUGAUGAUGUUAUGGCACUUAAGGAAACAAGACUGAUUAAGACUAAGGCUUGAGAUGAUCACUUUUAAUAAAGGCUUGUAAAA